CAAUAAUUCAUUUUUCAUUUCAUUAUCCAUUUCAUUUCAUUCAUUCAACAUUUUUCGUUCUUCUUGCAUGUCGCCUGUCCAAAAGAUCGGGGAACAAUAAUAAUUCCCAUCUCGUUGUAAUUUUCAUUAAUCGACUAUCCAAUCAACAGCAACAAAUGUCUUGAUUUUUGGGUGCCAGUGAAUAUAAAAACAAACAAUUUUUGAUGGCGCAGGAUGUGCAAAGUGGCGGAAUAAUGGGCGACGAUCCUUUGCCCCUCAGCAAGGAUGGUUACUUGAAAGUGGACACAAACGUUAAAGAGAUCAUUUACCAUCCUACGCUCAAUGUUAUCCUGAUUUGCACUGGCGAGGGCUUGGUACGGGUGCUGGAUGUUAAUUCUGGCGUUAUUCUACAAUCAACCAAUCUAUCAGCCGAAAACGCUAAACAAAUAAAAUGCAGAUACAUUCCGACAGAGGACAGGGUGCUGUUUUGCGACGGACAAGCUAUCGGCGUCAGAUCAGACUACAAUGGCGUUUUACUGCUGGACAGCGUGUUGCAGAAGACGUUGUCCAACGAAAAGGAGACUGUCAAAAUAGAAAUGUUACUCACGGAGGCGGAGAUUUUUAAGCAAAGUUUGAGCAGCAAACCCUUCGAUCAUGUCUCCGCUUAUGCUACACAAAUCUUAGAACAAUUGCAAAAUGUCGUUGGCCAGGAUCAGUCAUCGCAUAAGAAAGGGAUCAAAGCCCAAAAGUGGAACACCGUUUGCAUUUCUGUACCAGUCUUCGACCUGAAACGUGCCACCGGGAUCAUGGUAUCGGAAUUAGUAACCAGAAAGGUCCAUUCUACUGAACUUCAAAUUGCUUCGGCUUUAAAAGAACGCAUCUCUGAGCUCCUAGGCGAACAAACCAAUGCGUCAGAUAGAAAAAUGAUGGCCAGCGAAGCUCGAAGACGUGAAUCGUUUUCGCAAUGGCCUCACAUGGAUUACAAAUGGGCUUUGCCCGAACGAAUGGCCCAGGCGGGUUUUUAUCAUCAACCCAACUCAUCGGGGGAUGAUCGGGCCAUGUGUUUCACUUGUUCCGUUUGUCUUGUGAGUUGGGAACGAUCUGACGAGCCUUGGGGCGAGCACGAAAGGCAUUCGCCCAAUUGUCCUUAUGUCCUUGGCGAAUAUACACAAAAUGUUCCAAUUUCUGUUACUAAUGCAACUGGUCCAGCCAUUGAUGCAACAUUUCGGGGAGGAACCUUAGACAUUUUAGGUGCAAGUAGCGUUGGAAAACUACUGCCCACUUGCAGCAGGGACGGGCUCAUAUCAGUAUAUGAUGUUUCUCGCAAAAUUAAGAGGACUCACUCGUUUUUGGUGACGCACUUCGAUUCGCACAUUUUAGAACGCAUCACGCAAGAUUUUGAUGUGCCGGGUUUCUGGAACGAUGAUGAUAAAAGAUCAGUUAAAAAACAAGUAACCGCUUUAGCUAUUGUAAGUGAUAAAGCGGCAAAGGAAAAGGCAAUAGCAAAACCAAUCAGGCCUACAAUCGUUAGCGGCAUCACUAUAUCGCAAGGUCCAAUCAAACCGGCCCAUCCGGACAAUGUCGACCCAACAUCUGAAUCGUAUCAGACGUCCAUUUUGGAUUAUUGCAUGCAAAUCACUGACCCCGAAGGCAACUCCAGCAACCGAAACCUCUAUUUAGUUGUCUACGAUUUCACUUACAGCAAGGAACAAGAAGAACCCAAAGUUGAGGACCAGGACAACAAAGAAAACGAAAUGGGCAAUCAACUUGUGGAUGAUUUGAUGGUCGAUCAGAUAACGAAUAUUAUUGAGUACAUUUCGCCCCCUGAAACGACCAACAAUGAAGAGUUUUCCUUAAUUCAAGAGUUGACUUCGUCGUUUUAUAAAAAUUUAAUUCCGGGUGAUAUUGACACGGUGUUCCUACCUCCAAUGUGCCCGACUUCCAAAAAAAAAAACCACUCUGGGCCCAGACUAAUCACAGUGGACGUUAAUAACACUGAAUCGGAUGCAACAGCUGCUUCCAGCAAUAUUUUAGCAUCCUUAACUAAUGGACAUUUUACGUCUGAGCCCAACGAACCCAGCACUAUCUCUGAUCACAUUGUGGAACUGAAAAACAACCAAUCAAACAAAAAACUGAACUAUUCCAGAGCAGUGCAAUGUAUUUCUUUGCCAGAUGUGUGCAAAAGCUACCCAAACAUGGAAAUAGUUAGUAUUUUACCCACACACGAUGAUGGACAUAUACUAGUAACUGUUUCAUCCACUUGUUGCUUGAGCAAAAGCUUUCUUUUAGUCUAUUCGUUAGAUUUCACCAAUAAAAUGGUGAAGAUUAAUGAAAAAUCUGUGGUUGUAAAAGAGCUAGGACUGAUUGAGCAGCCUGUAGAAAUCAAGUUGUUGCCUGUUAAAAUAAGCUCUAAAGUUGGAAGUAGUGGCGUGGAAGGUCACGCUGUGUUAGUGUGCAUGGACGGAGCUGUCAGAAUUGUGGAUUUAGCUACGAUGAAGACGAGUUGUAUAGCGGAAAUUGAUGGGGAAUAUUUCGUUUCGGCUGCAUAUUGCAAUAGUUUAGACAGAUUAUGUGCUUCAACCGUGAAAGGUUCUCUUCACUUUUUUGUUUUAAACGACUGCGAUAAUGAUUUGGCCGACGAUCACGAAGAAUAUGACUUGUUUGGAGUAAACAUUGACAAUUCCAUAAGAGAAUUGUCGUCUAUGGACAAGCUAGAAUCAAUAAGGUGUUUCAAAGAACCCCCGAUUAGUAUUGCUCUGGAGGAUUUGAGGACCAUGCAAAAGUUGACGCAUUUCAGUCCCUCAAAUUUCCCUUACAACGUAGUAGUUCCUCCCUGCUGGAGCGAAUUUCAACAAGCAAUGCGGCAAAGACGCAGCACCCUAGUAGUCAACACUGAAGCCUACACAAAAACAUGGCGACUGCAAACCGGCACGACCACCUGGGAAGAGCAUAUUUUCGAAAUAACCCUGCCUACCGCGGUGGUUUUGGGGCACGUCGACGUGCAUUUUACCCUGCAACCGGGCUGCACCAAACCCUGCGUGGAAAUAUCCUUGUUGCGGCAAAACAAAAACGGCAUCGGUCACAACAAAGACGUGAAAUUUUCAGUAGAUGACACAGUCACUAUUGACAUGCUGAGGCGUGUUGAGAAUCCGGUGGUUUCGGAAGAAUAUCUGCGCGCCCACAAUGCAGACAUUCUCGCCGGGCCUGUUAAUAUUGCGCAUCGCUUGGAUUUGACAGAACAGAGUGGUACUGUAACUUUGAGUAGCCCGAAAAUGUUCAAAGUUAAGGUCCGAAAUCUUUUACUUCAUGUCCGCGCAGUGUACGACAAAAACGACAAAAAAUUUAAACGCCAAGAAAGCACCAGUAACAUUAAACUCGAUAAAGCGGGCGUACGGAAAUAUGAGCAGUACUUGGGCUGCGACUCCAUCCACGAACUGAGCAUAGCAGUUUACACGCCUACAAGCAACGCUCAGAUAUCGCACGAGCGCGCUCUAAGAAAUCUCAUGUUGGACUCGAAUGUGUUUGUGCAAUCCCUCAUUACGACUGCUGUGGGCAACAGCAAUCCUGAAAUAUUGAACAACGUUCUGGAUAUUUUGAAUUGGAUUGCUGCCAUACGCUUGGUACCAAACAGAGGCAAUAACGGAGAAGCCCCCAACGAUCAGUUGGAAUUUAUGUUUAUCAAUGGCAUCGAGGACAAUAUGACAGGGCUGCUGAGACAGUGUUUGCUGUUGGCUAACAGGAGUAUUGCUCACAAGUGUAUGAAUUAUGUGAUGACGUGUUGUAGUGGUGCCAAAAAUAUCAACAAAUCGAUUGGAGACCAUUUCAAUACCAGCGUGUUGAAUUCCUUGCUGAUAAUAAUUGAGCAAAUUAAACAAGUAAAAUCUGCAGCCGGAUUGCAUUUGCUGUUUGCCCUCCUCCUUAAAGUUGUCAAAAAAGACACUGAACAAUCGGUUACCAGUAAAUGUGUGACUCUAUUAAAGGAGGUCUCUGAUGAUCUACUGAAACGAUCCAACCCAUACCAUCUAUUACUGCGCAGUCGCUACGGACUAUACGGUUUGCCAACUGAACCUGAAUUAUUCGACAUCGAUCCGCCACCAUUCGUCAAAGGCUCCAGCUCCUCAUUUUAUACGUUUUCCUCGAUACACACACACGCCAAUAGUGCAGUGCCCAAUGAUAGUUCCUCAGUAGUCACCUUGGCACCUGAUACGCAUAUACCCCAAAAUAAAGAAAAUAUAUUCAAGGAACCAAUCGUCACUGACAACAAACUAAAAUACAAAAAUGUGGCUUGCCCCAAGGUGGUUAUAGGACUAAUAGAAACUGAGCCUUUGCACGUUACUUGUUUGAGUACAAGCGAAGGUACUCGAUUGGAAAUGGCCGAUGUGGUAAAUGCCAAUGCAGUAAACACCAAUGUGCAAAAUACAGUGAGUAAUAUGCCACUACAAUUGGCAAAAUUUUACUCAUUAGUGCCUGGUACUCCUAAUAAAAAAGAAGACCUGCAACAAUUCAUUACAAAGUACAUGGAAAAAAAUCAAUCCGUCGCCAGUCAUUUAAGUGACCUUUUGGGACCCGGCAGCAUCAGCAGCAAUCUUAAACUGGAUAAUUUUAUAGAGGAAGCCGAACAAGCUUUGGACUUCAAAAUGGAUCCCAUAGCUCUUGUAGAUUUUGACGAUGCUGUGCCUGUAGUCAAAUGCACCACUAGUCAAGGCAUCAGCCAAAUAUCUAGCCAGGCGACUAUGGGCAGUUUAUCAAGAUCGUCCGUCAACUUUAACCACAAUUUGCCUUGGCAACAGUUGCUGGUACCGCCUCCUAAACAAGUCAUUGUGAUCGAACGAAUGCAUUCUAGCGCUAGGCGGUAUGUGACUCUCGACUUUGGCGAGCCUGUGUCUCUGACUGAUAUUCUCAUACCAUCUUGUGCUGACUUGGUUUCUUUGACCAUUGACGUUUGGUAUUGUGGAGAGGAACUUGAUGCCGUGCGGUUGGUGACUGCCUUAGAUAUUGGAACGAAUAAUUUAAUUAUGAACAAUCUACAACCGCCACCGCUAUGUAAAUAUAUGAAGAUUACCCUUGUUGCUCGUCAAGGAAUGACAACCACAAGAUGUCGUAUCCCUCUCGGCUAUUUCUAUGGCCACGUGGUCAUUCUUCCCGAAGAAAUCCCCAACGACAUCAACAUUAAACCGCCUGUAACCGACUACGAAAAAAACCUAACCGUCUUAUCCAAACUACUAGAGGAUAUAAGUUGCAGAUAUAGUUUGGCUUGUUCCAAAUUAAAAGAUUACCUGCAACCGUUCCUUGUGGCCGACAUGAAAAACACCAUACACUUAUCAGCUUACAUUAACAUACUGAAGAAUAAAGGUUUGAACGUUACUAACCCGGAGCACAACAAAAUAUUGACCGCAUAUCAUGAAACGUUGGCAUAUCAGCAUCAAUUGAAUACGAUCAGAAACGUAAUGUCAAGAAUCGAGGCUUCAUUGCCUGGCGCUGAACCCCCGAAUCAAAUGUUCAAAGUUGUUUCAACGGACAAAUUGAAUUCAAUUGCAGAAACUUUACUUGAAGUGCUCUUGUCGAUUGAUAAGCCUGCAGAAAUCACCGAAGAGUUGUGUCAACAAUUUUUUGAAGGCCUGUGUGUGUCUCAGUCGUCGAGACUGCAACUUUUAGCCGCUGUUGUCCUGGAGAAGUCUUGUGGUUCUAGUGAAUUUUGGGGCGACUUUUUAUCAAACACUCUUGUGAAAUUGUAUUCCACAUCAUGCACUGCAAUAUUUCCACAAGAUCGUCUGUUUGUGUUACUGAUUUAUUUGAGCAGAAAGAGCCCCGAGAGAAGCGCUGUCAUUGAUGCAGCUAUGAGGGUAGUUUACGAUACUUUAAAGCCAUUAGAGGCGAACAGAUCAUUGCUUUUAGCAGUCAAUGUGGACUUGCCUUUAUUAUCCUGGUUGUUGAUGUAUUUGUCCUUGCAAUUAACUUUCAGUAAAAACCAAAACGAUAGGUGGGAUUGGGUGCUUGGCGAAAUGGUCGGUAAAUCAAACUACAAUGACUCAGAGCAAAAUAAAUUAACGAAACAGUAUCACACGACCAUAUGGCAAAAAGGGCCUUGGUGUAUUACUAAAGAGUUUAAUCCUAAAGCCCUAAAAGGUAUGAUGCCUAAAAAAUGUCCGCGUGUUAAUGUGGAUGCUGGAAAAAGUAUUGAGGAACACUCAGAUCCUACAAGUUUGAGGGAUUUGAUGAUGGUGCCUCAGAAGAAGCCUCAAUUUAUCGAUACAACUCAUUGUUUGGCCGUGAGCAAGAUAUUGUUGAAGUUUAUUAUCAGCAUGGACCAUUCUGGGAGCGCUGAUAUGAUGCUUUUGGCUUUUAAGAUUAUUUCAAGACUAGUCACCAUGGCUAAGCUGCAACUCUGUCAGUUGCUCUCCGAAAAUCAACUAUUGGAACUAAUCAAUUUUUCCCUGGCCUGUAAAGUGCCUUGGGCCCCAUUCGCUGUCUCCUGUUUUCUGCAAGAUGCCCUGGACUUACCUGCUGAUGUUCAUCCUGAAGUGAACGAAACAGACACUGCUAUGGACAUUGUCUGGUCACCAAUUAUUUCGCAAAAUGAGGUUAAUGUUGAAAAUGAAUCUCCAGAAAACUCAAUGGUAUUCAUGUUGGAAGAACAGGAUCAAUCAAAAACCAAAAUGAAUAUGAUGAGCAAAAUCAACUUGCCAUUUUCAGCUUUACCUUCAGUCUACGAAACCGAUUCCAACGAUUCAGACAUCGACGAAAUGUUGGAGGCUUUUGAAAAAGUAAAAUACUCGACUCAAGCUGGCAACAGUGCAGCUAACGCUAAAGCUACUCCAGAAGCGCGCGCCCAAAACUCAACGACUUCAGCAAAUUCGCCUACAAUCGAUGCUCGAAUAGAAACUGGCGUCUAUUCCUCCUCGGAAAUCGCUUUAAGGAAACUCGCAAAUAGAAAUACGCAAAAACUAUUGCAAAAUAUCAGCAGCGAGAAAUUUAAACCAUGCGAAAAUCCUCUAGCCCCGUGGCCAGAACCUUUAGGUCCCUUCCACCAAGAGAGCAACUUGAAAAAUCUACAAAUGUUGUCUUUUUGUUUCGACGAGUUGUUCAGUCAAAUGCAAACAAUGAGUCCUAGUAAAAUUGAAAACGUUCUGCAUCUUUGGUUGACUUUGAACAGCACGAGGAAAGAUGAGAAAUUUGAUUCGUCCACAAUGCCAGUAGUACUGAUUACUGUAGAUGCUGUAAACGCUUUAAUUUCGGCGUUGGCUUGGGUUCCGGGAUUGUCUUUGACUACUUGGUGUUUGGGACUACAAACUCUAACUUUGGUGUGCAAUACCAACAAUAGCCGAAUACGAAUAACAAGUUUUGAUCUGUCUGGCAUGUCCAAUGCCAUCGUCAAUCAUCGUGAUUUUGUGCAAAUGUUUAUCAGUCUUUUGUCAGGCAAUGGUAUUGCCUUCACCAAUAAGAACGAGGUUGGCCCCACUCUUUGUAAAGCCCUGCACGAUUUCCUAGUUAGACUUCAAGUGAGAUGCGACGUAGUCAGUCCGAACAGCAAGUUGGGAAACCUCUUCAAACGCCUUCUGUUGCACGUAGUCUACGAACUAUCUAAACCGGGUGGCUCAAUUGCCACAAGAACUGGACACUUAGACGCCCAGUGCAAACUGCUACUAUCCAUUCAGUAUUUGGAUUUUUCCAAUAUCGAUAUUAGCAUUGGAAUGAGCACUCUCGAGUGUACCUCCGCACUGCUAAAUAGCUACUUCAUGAACGUAGACAAUAUAAAGUGCAUGGCAUGGGACCAAAAAAAUUGCACUGUGAAUUUGGGACAUCUUUUCUCACCUGUUUUGGGGGGCAACGAGUCUAAUAAACAAGACCGACCCAUUGCUUAUGAGGAUUUGUUGAUUAAUUUACUGAAAUUGUUGGCCAAAUUAGUGCAGACUCCUAUUAGUGACACCAAUAGCAACAAUGCCCCAAUGGACACAGAUCAUUCAGCAACCUCACAAACGGACGAAUCAAAAGCCGAACAAAUUCAACAGAUGAGCACUACAGCUCCAUGUUUUGCUGACACAGUGUUGCAACACCAUCCCACCGUGGUUGCUCUGUGCAAGUGUCUUGCAAGUUGUAAAAUGUCCUCACUUUGCAUGAUCAACAAUGUAUCGCAACAGUCUGGCAGACCUGCUUUUAGCAAUUUUGCUGAGCCUACGUCAGUAGGAGACGCCGUGUUCCACAUUUUAAGUAUUUUGGCGAAAAAAGCGAGUCGCAAAGAGCUGAUUCUGACACCGCUUUUGCAAUUUUUGUCACAAACGCCUCAAUUGAGUGAGCCGUUAGUUUGGUUCAUUUUUCAAGUGUUGGAUGACCAAGAGGCUCUCAAGUUGUUUUACAAUGCUGAUGGCAUAUCGAUUUUGGCUCGUAGCAUAGUCAGUAGCAGCAAUACACCGAGCACCAUAUCGAGAAACGGUACCAUAUCGACUGUGAUGCAACAUUUCAACGGUGUAGCAAAUCAUAAUGAUGUACACGUCCCCCUAGUAGUGUCAAGCGCCAACAAAGCGCUGCAAAGUUCUGUGGAGAAUCACGGUUUGAUCAAUUACGCGCCGCUGUGUACCAUUACUUGUCAGUCGGUAACGUCGCAACCUCCAGAUGUUUUAACGCAGGGCGUAACCGGAGUAACGCAUCGUAGAGCGAGAUCCCCGCUAUGGUCGUACAAUUAUUACCAAGAAGAAACUUACACCGAACUCCUCCUACAACUUCCGCACGCUAUUCUACUAAAAGAAGUCCAACUACAACCUCACACUUUAGGCCUGUCCACUUGCCCCUCAUUCGUGGCCUUCGAGACGUCCGCAACUGGUCCAUCUGGACUCGUACCAGCGUGUCAUCCUUUACCCAGCAGCGGCCUCACUUUUAUCAGAAUCAAUUUGCCUACAGCCAAAGUUGUCAACUGCGUUUUAAUCAGAUUAUACAAACCGAAGGUGGGCAAUAGUAUUGGGCUGUUGCAAAUCCGUUUAUUAGGCGCGUCAGUUUUUGGCAAAAACGCCGCUAGCUGUGAAUAUGAAGAGGAAUCGUAUUGUAAUCACAGUUUGGGUUGGUUAAGGCUUCUCCAUCACUGCUUCACAAUGGUAUUGCCCGAUGCAGAGUUGCACAGGCAUAUAGUAACAAAGGCCUCGGAAGUGCCUAACCUGUUGAACACUUGCUGCGGUUUGCUGUUAGUGCCCUCCUACAUUACACCAGUGUAUUUGCCUUGUUUGGAAAAACUUUUAAGAAAACUAGCACUUUUAUCACCGGAAAAUGGUAUUGAGACUAUCAGGAUUCUAUUAGAUAAUCGCCUCAGUAUUGUGGCGCCUAUGAUGUCACUGGACAAUACUUGGCAGGACCGAUUAAUGAUUAACGUGUCAGGCUAUCAGUCUGCUUGUGAGUUGCUCUAUCAAAUCUGCGAGCACCAGGAUGCCAAUACGAGUUGCCGAGUAAAACUGAUUUUGGAGUGGCUCGAAGCCAUUGCUAAUGAAUGCUUGGCAACUGGCAAUACUAGCAAAUGUAGUGCCGCCUAUGUGUCUAGCAUAGCGUCAAUUUUGUGGUACAGCAACCAAGCACAGGUUACCUACGAUUUGAAAUCACUAAUCACGUUGCAGUUUUUUGAAACAAUUUAUAUGCUCAAAAUGAAGGCUAGUAAUAACAGCCUGCGGUACGCUUUGGAUUCUUUAUUGUGCUCCUUGUGCUACAAUCGUUCUGAACUGUUUCCUUUGUUGCUGCAAAAAAUUGGUGUUCUCGUGCCAAAUUUAUCUUCAAUUAGCGACGACUGUAAAGGAAUGACCGAUGACAGAAAACAAGAUUUUGCCAACAGUGAAUGGUAUAGUCACUUGAUCAUUGGAGAAUUAUCUGAAUUGAAUUUAAACCAGGAACAAUUAGAAACUGUUGCUUUGGCCAGCAGGUCUCCUACAGCCAUACAGCAACUACUGGACAGUGGCUUACCAAAGUUACUUAAUAGCGCCAUUUGUGAGUUUUGCAACAACAACAAACAACUGCCGAUGGCAAAACUAGAAAAGGUCACUAUAAUUUUACAAUUUUUCACCGACGUUUGUGAUGAAAAAAUGCUUCGUGACUGGCUAGGGUCCCAAGAUGGAUCUUCGUUUUGGCCUCGCUUGCUACAUUGGCUCUGCAAAAAGCCAUACAAUAGCUCUAGCAUUCAAUCCGAAGCGCACGUGCACUUGGAAGAGGUUUGCAUUAAAUUUUUAGCCAAAUGUUGCCUGUGUCAUCCCAAGAACCAAGUUCGCUUAGCCACGGUACUGUGCGAAGUUAUAACCUUACAACAAAAUGGCAUUUCAGGCUUUUUACGGCGGCUGAUCCUGCAAUUGUUGCUCGAAAACGAAAAAGUACCUGUGAGCAUCGAAGCUGACGAGAUCUAUAAAUUUUCAAGAGUAGGACAAGUGUACAUACCGGCUCAUCCAGCUUUCAAACAAACAUACAACCGGACCAUGUUGUAUUUGAGCACUACAACUACGUUGGGUGAAAUUCUGGAGCAACAUUUGUGGUUUAACGCCGUAUAUAAAACGGCAGAAGCAAUCCGGAAAUUACCGGCGAGUCCGGUGACGAUAUCGAAAAGAAAUGCCGCUCAAAUUAAGGACCUUUUUGGCGCGCAAGAUCUAUCAGAUCUAAGCGUGGCCGCUGGAGUGACUGCCAAAGAUAAACGCGCCAAAGACAUUAAGAAUUACGCCACAUCGACUCCGCAAUCGAAAAAGAAACGUUACGCUGCCGAAACUAGUUGCAGCCACGACCCAUCCGACGGACGCAUAGUAAAAUGUUUGAGUUAUUCGCAGGACCCGUUGCCUUUGAAUAUGAAUCUGGGGCAAUUGCUGCGACUGGUAGAAGCUGGUAGCGGUACCAACGAUUGGCCCUAUAUCCAUUUGAGUAUUUGUCAAGGGAGAAUUACCGAUGAUAAGAAUCACACUGCUCACCAGCCGAUAUCCAGCGCGCUGCAAGUGUUCAGCUCAUUGGGUGGGUUAGCUUUGCUGGCUCAACACUUGCCACCGAUUUAUCCAGAAGCUUUCCAAAUAAGUACACACGAAAAAUCAACUUCGGACCAAUCAGAUUCAGAUUGGAUUAAAUUAGAAGAACCUGACGAUAUUUGCGAAAGUAUGGAAGAAACAAUGAGCAACAAUUCGCCGAAAUGUUCGGGAUCCAUCUCGCACAUUCCGCCUCAUUCCUUGACGGCCUUUGGUUUGUUUUUGAGGCUGCCCGGCUACGCCGAAGUGUUGCUCAAAGACACAAAAAGGGCCUUGUGUCUUUUGAGGCUCAUGCUGGGAGUCACUGACGAUGGAGAAGGUGGAGACAUAUUCUUAUCUUCAGUAGCCACAACUUUACCCACUCUCCCAUUCGAAAUGUUGCAACGUCUCUACGACAGUUCUCCCCUAUGUUCGGACGAUGGACGCCUUCUACGUAAAACCAGCAUUUCUACUGGCGUCGUGCAAUUAUUAUUAGCGUGCUUGGGUAUUUUGACGCACCACUCGACGUCGAUGGGCGAAAAAGACCCUCAAAAAGAAGCCAAAGCCAAAGAGGAACGGCAACUGUACUGGGCCAAAGGUACUGGCUUCGGAACCGGGUCCACGCAACAAAGCUGGAACGUGGAACAGGCUCUGAUGAAACAGAAAAACGAAGAGGAGCACGUUACUGUUUUGUUGCAAGUUUUAGCCAGUUUCAUUAAUCCCAACGACGAGCCUCACGACGAAGGUAUUGGGUCAGUGCUACCGUCACAGUUUUCCGACUUAUUAGCAAAAAGCUCCUUAUUGCCUGCCAUUUGUUCAUAUUUGAGAAACGAUUCGGUAUUGGACAUGGCCAGACAUAUACCCUUGUACAAAGCAAUAUUGAAAAUUUUACGAGCUUUAGCUGUUAGUUCUCAGUUAGUGCAGCUACUGUUGCCACAAAAAUCAAAAUCGGGUGAAACUUCAGUGUGCUCGUUGCUUAAAAACAUGAAAAGGUGCGUAGACACUUACGCGAGUAAGUUGCAAACUCAAAAGUCAAAAGGCGAGAAAAACGGUAAAGGCAAAUCGCCCUUAUUAAUUGACAAAAUGGAAGAGUCUGAACAGGGAGAAGGCUUAGCUACUUUGAUGCCUGAUAUUCAAAACACGGCGGGCCUUGUUGCCACAGUCACCUUUGGGAUGGUUGACGAAAGUGAUUUGGAUAUGGAGAAUUCUAUGGAUAGGCUUAGUGUAGUUUCACCUGAGGAACAGUAUUUGAGGAUAAUGAAGAAUUUGCAAUUUGCUGCUCAUGAUAUGAUUGAAGAGCAACAAGACGGGCUAAUCAAGUUUAUGAUAUCGCAUCAUUUCGAAUCGAUGGUUUUGUCGACUUCUGAGCAGUCUCAUCCGUCACGCGUCAAGAGGAUAGCCCAAGAGACUGUUACACUUUCUACUAGUUUGCCAUUGAGUUACAGCAGUUCGGUGUUUGUGCGAUACGAUUCGUCACGGUUAGACGUCAUGAAGGUUUUGAUCACUGGUCCAGCCGACACUCCAUACGCAAAUGGUUGUUUCGAAUUGGAUGUAUUUUUCCCACCUGACUACCCCGUUUCACCCAUGUUGAUCAAUUUAGAAACCACCGGACACCAUACAGUCCGAUUUAAUCCUAACCUAUAUAAUGACGGUAAAGUAUGCUUAUCGGUAUUGAACACUUGGCAUGGUAGACCAGAAGAAAAAUGGAAUUCUCAAACGUCUAGUUUCCUCCAAGUCCUAGUGUCAAUACAAAGUUUAAUUCUAGUACCGGAACCGUACUUUAACGAGCCUGGAUACGAGCGGGCCCGAGGUACCCCCGGCUGGUACUGCCAAUUCCAAAGACUACAACCUCAACAUUUGUCAGGCCACGGUGCGGUGGGCGAUGUUGGACCAAAUACUGAAUCCUUGUCCGUGCUUCAAGGACGUGAUACACGCGCAUUUUUACAUGAAGCGGCACGAGAUUCUGAGUCAAGUGGAAAAGUGGAUACAAGAGCUGGAGAUCGAGACAAAAAAGGAGAAAAAGACCAACAGGAACGCGAAAAAAAAUCGAAGUUCUUCGUUGGAGAAUUUCAAGAAGAUUUAUAAGCAGCUUGAAGAACAGUUGGCUAAAUUAAAGCCUCCGGGUGAUGACGGGACGAUAGUUGAGAAUCAGGAAGAAGAAGAUGAUGAGAGUCCUACAACGCCCACAAACAGUAUGGAAGUGACUAUAGAACAGCAACAACAAGAACCAAUAAAUGAAUUACAUAACAUGAUUUACACUGAUAAUGAUGAUGACUCAAUUAUAACAGUCGACGAUUGAAUUUAUUAUUGCAUUUAUUAAAUUUAAUAUUCCUAUAUAGAUCCACAGAUGACGAGGUCAACAUAAUGUCUGAAGCGUAUUAUAACUUUUUUAUUUUAAAUUAUCGGCUCUUUUUUGAAUUAUUAUAGAUGGUUAAGUUAAAUUUUGUACUUGUUUUGCUUUCGGCGGGUUACCAAGACCAGGCUCUUGCUCCCCUUUGUCUAUCUGCCCGUGUCAUAAAAACGAUGUUUGAAUUUUUCUUUAGUUAGGUUACUGCUAUUAUUUAAAAAUUGUUCAAAAAGAAAUGUGAUUUUAAUGAAAUUAAUAAUAAAAGUUUUUGUUUACAAAUUUUUGAGUGAUUUUGGUGCAUCCUGUUAAAACUUUGGGCAAUAGUACACAGUUAUCAUAAAGCCCUAUAUUUAGUCUUCAAAAAGGAAUAUUUUUGCUGUUUCAACUGAGAGUCUCCUUUCUGUUGUAUUAGAUUAGAUACAAUUUCAAGAAACACUUGAAUGAUGAAAAAUAGAAAUAUUCAUUUUCACGAUUUUCAAAGACUAAUGCAAAAUAGUCAAUAUGUAAAUAGUUAAUGAGAAAAAUCAGAGAAAUUAUUCAAAAAAGACAUUUUCAUAGGGAGCUCCCAUAGAAUUAUUUCUUCAAAUUUGGCGUUUUGUCAAACUUCUUCAGAAUUAGCUGGGGAUCUGAAACUUUCAUGAAACAUACUUUGAAAUAUGCUUUUUCUAAUCAUGGAGAAUCAUUCAUAGUCCGAAUUUUUCCCGUGAGGGACUGCAUCUUGAGUUCUUGCGAUUUUCGAAAACAGGAAUAGUUUAAAAUAUCACAAACCUUUUUAGUUAAGCAUGAUUGUCAUUCCUGAUUUAGACCUGAGCUUCGACAUAUACAUAGUUUAUUAUGAAAAAAGGAAAAGUGAUACUACAAAUAUAAAUUAAAAAAUAAGUAGGUUCUAAUGGAAUCAAUAGCAAUAAUUUCAAAAUUAUAAGUAAUUUCAUAGACAAUACAAUAAGAUGUGCCAAUCGUAUGUAAUACCUAUUCCAAGUUUAACAUAAGCUGCUUUGAAGUGUACCAACAAUUUUUUUAAAUGUUUAUCUAUAGGUGUAUGUCUUUGUACUUAGAAUAUUAAUUAAUUUAAUAAUAAUAUAAUUACCUAUCAUUUUUUAUAUUCUUGUAUUUAGUAAUAUUGAUCUAUUGACAAAAAUAUAUUAUUAAGUUAUCUAAUAAAAUUGUACUAUUGCUAUAAAGUAAGUAGUCGAAGUUGCAAUAACCGACAAAAGAGUGGACCGAUUAAUUUCGAAAACAUUUGCUACCGUAAAACGAAUCUUAUCGCCUGCUAUAUAUGACGUCAAACAUUGAAACUCUCGGAACUCG